AUGUCAGACCAAGACCCUCCCCCGGACGAUCUUUUCGUUCCUCCAGAGACCCCUGAGAAGGGCAAGGCCCCUGCUAAGACUCCGAGUACUCCGAAAAAGACUCGCGGAGGUCGUCGUCGUGGACAUUCAGCUCGCAAGGAACCCACUACCCCUCGCACCGGCACCAGCUCUGCUCCCACUACCCCUGGUGCUACCGAUACUGACCCCGAGGCCGCGGAUGACGGAGACGCCCAAGACGGCUCCCUCGAUGAUGACAAUGAUAAUGACGAUGACCUCGGUGCAUUUGCCGCACUGAUGGCCCAGCCUCCCGAAGGUUGGACGAAGGAGACCAGGCCGAAGAUUCCCACUCGCCCACCUCGGACGAAUGUCACUCGUUUCGCCCCACGUACCAAGAUCACUUUCGGCUUCGCCCUCGUCUUCUAUUACGACGACUCAACCCGAUACGCACUGCGUUGGCAUAAUGCCGGAAUGACUCACCCUAUCCCCGGACAGCGGAAUGGCCAGAGCCCAGGUCCGUCAAAGGGUGGCAAGAUCGAUAUGGAGGUGCUCAAGACGUGGAUGGUCUUUCAUUUUUCGAUCAACGACUAUUGGAAUCACGAGCGUUUUGAAGCACGUCUGGCGCUGUCGAACGUCCGUCUUACAGACCAGGGCGUAUUCUACGCUCUAUGCACUAUGACCCCUCAGCGCCGGGGCGCCCGGUUCCAGGCUGAUUUCGAUCAGCACGGUGAUGUGCGUACGUCCCGGAUCCCACUCGAUCCGCCUAUGAUCAUUUGGGCGAACGGUAUUCCGUGGUUCACUGUUUACAAGGGUUUCUACGUUCUCUGUGGGUCGUGGAACACGGCAACAUACCUCGUCGGCACUAAGUACCGCUCGAGUGUGACCGAAUUCCACCUUGGAGGUGCCGUCGCUCCCCCCGAUGCCGUCGCCGCAAGCCGUAUGGAUACACUCACCCAGUUGACCCUCCGUGCCUUCGACUCUAAGUUCUACCCGGACGCUGGACAGGAUGGUCCCGUUGACCUAAUCCACAUCGGAACCCUUUCCCGAGGUCAAAACAAGAUCGCCUGCCGUUUCGUUAUGCGAUCUGAUCCCGCGUCAUACACGCUAGUCUACACUUCGAAGCUGAAGAAAGGUCUUGGUAGUGCUUUCUUGUUUGACCUACCAAACUACCAUGAGCGAAUUUGUUCCCCUUCCGACGACUUUCCUGAAGGGUCCUUCGCCGAUCCUGUCCCUGAUACAAUGCAUACUAUCCCACAGCAUGCGUUCGCAGACUACCCCUUCACGUACGGCAAGGACUUCCCUUCUCAGGAAGCGGCCGCCGUUAAACCACAGGUCCUCGAACUGGUCGACUGGAACCGAAUGUACGGUCUGAUAGAUGCCUGCGUGGCUGACAGCAAGGGCCGUGCCAGGAAGCGUGCCCGACGUGAGGCCCAGCGUGCGAAGACGCUGUCGGAAGUGGACAGCAGACCACCCUGGAGCCGCGUCCGAAUUCCUACACCUUGUUCGCGCGACUACGGCAAUACGGACCUCCGCUAUCUGAUUUCCAGAAUCAGUCAUGACACUUUCGAAGUUGCGGGUCCGGUCAAGGACCUCCUCUUUGCCGUCGAAGCCUUGUACCAGGUUCUGCCUCAGGACUCCUGGACCUGGAGUAUCGCAACCCAGGACCACGCCGGUCUAAUCACCACCCGGGCGCUUAUGGACAACGGUGAUCCCCAGACCAUCAACAUGCUUCGUAAGGGUAUGUCUGACCACGACAUUAUGAGGGACGCGAUGGCUUUCGCCGAAGGCAUGUUGCUGCUCGAGCAGUGCCUGAAGACGCUAGAAGACUCCGAUCUAAAGACUGCCGUCCAAGGGAUCGUCAACCUGCUCCAGCCUCCACCACAGACUCCGCUCCAUACCGUCACCUUCCCCCGUUCUUUGGUUAAGGUUCCACGUCCGACGUCGCCCCAUGUCUGA